CCGGGAGGUUUAACGCGAAAAGCGUCUCUCCCCGCGACUUCCAGGUCGCUUAAUGCAGCGGGCGGCUGCGCGCGUCGCGUCCAUUUCUUUUCACGCCCCAACGUAAUGCCCGUUCUCAGGUUUGGGGGCCCGCGCGAGGGUCAGCCGCUCCCGGAAUUCACUCGUGCAAACGAGAUGGCAAAGCUGCAAGCGUUGGGGCGGACGAGAGCGGGGCGCCGCCGGCCAAGUAUUACCUCUUAACCGCGUUGCAAAUGCCCUCGCGGCCGGGUUCAGACGACAGGCUUCCCCGUCCUGUAUUCCAGCGGGGUUUACUCCAUGCAGCCCGUUUCCUGGCUUGGCACGAGGCGCUGAAUCCGGUGCAGCCCCGCACGGGCUGGGGUCGCCCGUCUCUCUGGACGGAAAUGGGGUUGGCUGGUUUGCGCGUCGUGGGGAGCCAGAGAGCUUGAGGUUUUUGGAAGAGGUAAUUGCGAAUUAGGAGGGCGCUGGUCGGGAGUGCCGUUUGAGCACCGAGGGCGGAAUUUCUCAGAUUUAACUCCCUCUCCCUCCAUGCUCUUGCCUCAAUGAAAGGCAUCAGACGCAAACGUUUUGGUUGUGUGAUUAUUCUUACCUUCAUAAUAUGCUAAUAAACAGCUAUUUAGUUUAAAUCAUCUAACUUGGUAUUUUCCACUUAUGAAGUGUGACAAGCACUAAACCGGGGCCAUCCUCUCUUCUAUGGUAGAGAAAAACAGCCUGGCCACAAAACCAGGUUCGUGUGCCUGCUGCCUAGAACUGGAACCUUACUGUAAGCCAGUGUUUCUCAACCUUAGGUGCCGACUGGGGGAUUCUGGGAGUUGGAGUCCAUACAUCUUAAAGUUACUAAGACUGAGAAAUGCUACAGCAUCUAGCAAAAGGGAAUCCUGUUGUCUCACAUAAAAGCAGUUGAAAGUUCCUGAUAUUUUGCUGCAUUUGUUCCAAGACGUUUUGUGGAAUGAAUCCUUUAUGGUGCUGAUACUUGAAGGAUCUAACAAGAGUUCUGCAACAUCCCUUGAGGAUCGAUGCUGAAAAAGAGAAAGGAAAAAUGCAAUAAAGCUAGUUUCUGUGGAGGAAAUGGCCGUCACACAUAAAGCAGAGGCAACCAAGUCUCUCCUAAAAGAAAAUGUGGAUCCAGAAGUAAAAAUGGAAGUACAGUGUUCUUCAGGCCUUCAACCAGGGGAAGGAAGGAAAAGAGAAGACCUCCCAGAAACUGGGAAGAUUAAGCAGGAGUUUAUCCAUCACGUGAAACAAGAGCCGGAUGAAGGUCCCUCGAGAAACUGGGAUGCCCAGCUGCAAGAGUUUCUGAAGACGCUGCAGGCUCCCGAUUCUGGUGGAGAAAGCCCCCCCCUGGCUUGGGCUGACCCUAAAGCAACCCAGGUGCUCUCUCAGAGGAUGAGGGACGCCAGCAACUGUCCCAGAGGAGUUUGGCUUGCCCAGGCCCAGCCGCCCCUGGCGGCGGAAGCCCAGCGGGACUAUGAGAGUUCUCGGGAGGCCGCAUGCAGCAGGAAGGGGCAGAAGGGAGCUGUAAGCGGGCCGGGGGCCAGGCUGGAGAAGCAGCGCCAGCAUUUCCGGCAGUUGUGCUACCAGGAGGCCGAGGGGCCUCGCGAGCUCUGCAGGCAUCUCCAAGAACUUUGCCACGAGUGGCUGAAGCCGGAAAAGCACACCAAGGACCAGAUCCUGGAUUUGGUGACGCUGGAGCAGUUCCUGGCCGUCCUGCCUUCGGAUAUGCAGAGCUGGCUGAGAGAAAACGCUCCGAGGACCUGCGCCCAGGCCGUGUCCCUCGCAGAGGACUUCCUUGUGGGGCAGCAGGAGGUCAAAGGCUGGAGCAAGCAGAUUAUGGGAAUGUUGGAGGGGAAGUCUGGGCAGUCCCCCAGGGGAAAGCAAGGUCUGUCAGACAUGGUGAAGGCACAGCUUUCUAGACAAGCAGAAGAGGAGGCAGAUGGGGAAGAAAGCUCAUUGGUCAAUGGUUGGCCUGAGCGACAGAGGACAUCGCUGAGAUCUGCCAGAGGGAAUUACUUCCUGGCUCCAGGUAAACCUGACAGGAGCGGACACAGAGCAGAGAAGCAGGACAGAAAUGAAAAUGAGAUGGGAAUGGACCGGUUGGUGGGUUCACAAGGGGGUUUCCAAGCGGCUAAUGAAUCCCCCUUCCUCAACACCGUGGGGAAAUAUGACCCAGAGGGCCUCAGCCAAAGUUCCCACCUUGUUGCGUGUGACAACACUGACCCGGAGGAGAAACGUUACAAGUGUUGGCAUUGCAGCCAGACCUUCAGCAGCAGCUCCGAUCUCUUGACCCACGAGAGGACCCACGUGGAUGAGAAACUGUAUAUAUGUUCCCACUGUGGAGAAAGAGAGAGGAUCCGCGCAGGGCAGUUCUCCCAUAUCUGCUCCCACUGUGGGAAUAAUUUUGGCUGGAUUCCGCAAGGGGGGCUCAGCGCAGACAAGGAGAAAUAUUUCAUGUGUUCCGAGUGUGGGAAACGCUACAGUCGGCGCUCGGACUGCCUUAAGCACCAGAAAACUCAUACUGGGGAGAAACUCUAUAAGUGCUCAGCCUGUGGCGAAAACUUUGCGACCUACAGCUCUCUCAAAGUCCACCGGAAGAUUCAUCGAGGGCAGAACGCUUAUAAAUGUUUGCACUGUGGGAAAUGCUUCAUGUGGAGUUCCCGUCUGUUGUUGCACGAACGGAUCCACCGGGCCAUGUGCUCGUACUGCGGGAAAAGUUUCGGCCGCAAAUCAGAACUUUUUGAACACGAGAGAACUCACAACACAGCCGAGUAGCUGUUUGCUUGUUUUGAAUGCAGGAACACAUCUUCUCAAGCUCGAGGAAGAGAUUGUAAACCAGGAGCCCCCACUGUCUUUCUCCAGCUCUUCUCUCUGCCCCAUUCUGAAAUAAUAUUCCCUGUACUGUAAUGCCUCAGAUUGAUUUGUUCUGGAUUGUGGAUGUGUUAUUCUUCUACAAAGGUUGUUGGUUCACCUUGCAAAUGAAAGAAUAGCAUAUUGAUCAGCUUACUGUAGUGUUGUCCAAACUUG